AAGAAGGGGACAAAGCAAAACCAGUAGUAAGAGGAUUUUCCAGUCUGUCUCUGCUGGUUGUUCCAGAAGAAUGCCGCAAUUCCUGCUUCUCACCUGCCUUUCCAUGAUCAUCACACAUGUGUCACCAAUGGCCCUAGAUCCCUGCUCUGCAUAUAUCAGUCUGAAUGAGCCGUGGAGGAACACCGACCACCAGUUCGAUGAGUCCCAAGGGCCACCUGUAUGUGACAACCAUGUGGAUGGGGAGUGGUACCGCUUCACCGGCAUGGCGGGAGAUGCCAUGCCCACCUUCUGCAUACCAGAAAACCACUGUGGAACCCACGCACCCGUCUGGCUCAAUGGCAGCCACCCCCUAGAAGGUGAUGGCAUUGUGCAACGCCAGGCCUGUGCAAGCUUCAAUGGGAACUGCUGCCUCUGGAACACCACAGUGGAGGUCAAGGCUUGCCCUGGAGGCUACUAUGUGUACCGUCUGACCAAGCCCAGUGUCUGCUUUCAUGUCUACUGUGGUCAUUUUUAUGACAUCUGCGAUGAAGACUGCCAGGGCAGCUGCUUGGACACCAGUGAGUGCAUGUGCUCCCCUGGAACCAUGCUAGGCCCUGACAGACAGACAUGCUUUGAUGAAAAUGAGUGCGAGCAAAACAAUGGUGGCUGCAGUGAGAUGUGUGUAAACCUAAAAAACUCAUAUCGCUGUGAGUGUGGGGUUGGCCGUGUGCUAAGAAGUGAUGGCAAAACUUGUGAAGACAUCGAAGGAUGCCACAAUGACAAUGGUGGCUGCAGCCAUUCUUGCCUGGCGACCGAGAGCGGCUAUCGCUGCGAAUGUCCCCGGGGACUGGUGCUGUCUGAGGAUAGCCACACUUGUCAAGUGCCUGUGCUGUGCAAGUCCAACACCAUCACAGUGAGCGUCCCCAGGGACCUGGUCGGCGGCCUGGAGCUCUUCCUGACCAACACUUCCUGCCGAGGCGUUUCCAACGGCACGCACGUCAACCUCCUCUUCUCCCUCAAGACGUGUGGCACGGUGGUCGAUGUGGUCAAUGAUAAGAUCGUAGCAAGCAAUCUUGUGACAGGACUCCCUAAGCAGACGCCUGGAAGCAGUGGUGACGUCAUCAUCCGAACCAGCAAACUGCUGAUCCCAGUGGCCUGCGAGUUUCCCCGCCUGUACACCAUCUCUGAAGGAUACGUUCCCAACCUUCGCAGCACCCCGCUGGAAAUCAUGAGCCGCAGCCAUGGGAUCUUCCCCUUCUCUCUGGAGAUCUUCAAGGACAAUGAGUUUGAAGAGCCUUACCGGGAGGCUUUGCCCAUCCUCAAGCUGCACGACUCCCUCUACUUUGGCAUUGAGCCCCUGGUGCAUGUGAAUGGCCUCGAGAGCCUGGUGGAGAGCUGCUUUGCCACCCCCACGUCCAAGAUCGACGAGAUCCUGAAGUACUACCUUAUUCAGGAUGGUUGUGUUUCAGAUGACUCGGUAAAGCAGUACACAUCACGGGAUCACCUCGCAAAGCACUUCCAGGUCCCAGUCUUCAAGUUCGUGGGCAAAGACCACAAGGAAGUGUUUCUGCACUGCCGGGUGCUUGUCUGCGGGAGGCUGGACGAGCGGUCGCGCUGCGCCCAAGGCUGCCACAGGCGCGUGCGCCGUGAGGCGGGAGGAGAGGAGGCCGCGGCGGGGGCGCGGAGCCGGGUGCUGACGGGCGGCCCCAUCCUCAUCGACCGGGAGAACUAGCGCCGCGCAGGCGCACGGCUUCCCUCCCUUUUGCAACUUCUCCGCGCACUCGAUAAGGAGAUCAGCCGCCAUCCUAAAAAACCUGUCUUUUUAAAGCUCAGACUGUGAGUUUUAACCACCUCAUGGGGCAAUUCACCCCGGAUUCCCGUCCAUUCAGUCGGUAAAGGUCAGAUUACUUCUGAAGCAUCUGGCUUGGAUGGGCUUCACACGAUUUUUCCCAGUUUUUCCUACAAUAAAAACACCUAGUGUCUGAUGCAAGAGGACCCCUAAGAAGUUGGGUAUCACUAUUUCAAAUUUGAAAUAAUAAAAGAAAUUAAAUAGUUGCUUGAAGUUAUGACUAAAAUACCCAGUGACUACUUAAAUAUGAAAAUAAUUCUAUGCUGAAAUUUCAUUUCAAAUACAGAAUGGUUAUAGGGGAUUUGGAAGUUUAGCAAUAUGACAAAAAUACUGUUUGUUUUUUCUCCUAUGCAAUAUUUUCUUUUGAUGUUUUUAUAUUGUCUCAAGUGAAAUAUUUUCACUUAAUGAAUGUUAACAAAUUCAUUAACAUGCACUUAAGUGGUUCAAUGACAGAACUGUAAAGAAAAUUAAAAUUUGAUACCAUAUGGCCUGUUAUUUGGUAUUCUGUGCCCUCAGGCUGGUAAGACAAUAGGUAGAAAAUUAUACCACACUCUUAUUUUGUAGGAGCUUAGUAAACUUUAUUGCAAUAAAUAUCAUAAACUUCAGCAUAAAUUUUAUCUGCUGUUAAAUUCAAUUUCUUAAUAGGCUAAUAAUUACUAUGGCUUUCUAUAAGAGCAGAAAAAUGUUUUCUUUUUCUUUUUUUAAAAAAAUGGCUACAAUCCACAAGUCUUAAAAGAGCCAGUGAAAUUAACAAAAGGAAGGGAAAGGAG